CGAAACACCUUUACCUUUACAUCCCUAUCCGUCGACCAAGGCCCAGCAGUCUCUGUCGGCCUCUCGGCUAGCGAAGGUUUAUCAUUCGAUAGCUGCAUCUUUGGUUCAGACUCUUGCUCUCCCUCCGCAAAAGCAGGAUGUUGUUGCGAUCCGGAGCUUUGUAUCCUCGUAUGCCCGUGAUGCAGCGCAGCAAGCUUUGAACCAAUUGAUAUGGCCCGAAACCGCUACCAAGAGGAUUCGCUCAGUUUGCAAACCCUACUGGACCUUUCGAUUGUAUACGGCCCAAAGAACCGAUCACGGAUUCGUGAACUCUUCUCCUCGGCUUUGAAGUCAUCCCCAUCCCUCCUACCACUCAUCACAUCCGAAGCUGUCCCCGCAUUCGCUGCAUUACUGUCCCCAGGCAACUCCGGUGGUCUAUACGGCCUGCGGAAGACUUCGCAUUGCCUUACGUGCCUCCUACACUCAUGUCCGCCUGACGUGCGAAGGAUAUUUGCGCAAAACAUUUCGUUCAUGACAGCACUGGGUCGUGCAUACGACGAAGGACUCGCGACGAUCGCGCGAGACUACGGUGGACUCCAGCAGAUUCUACAAUCUCUCGAGUCCGAGAACCAAGAUGACUGGCAUCGCAUUUGGGUGGAGACGAAGGUCGCGUUGAUGGACAGCUUCGACGCUGCCUUCCGGACCAUGUUGCAGGACAUGACGGACUCUUCCCCGGGACCCUCCCUCGCAGCGGAGUGCGAGCGCUCCUUUGGCGUCAUGUUCGCCCUCGUGGACCUCCCCGGGUCAUCUGCAGCCUCCUCGACGCCGUCGCUCCCUGCCACUCCAUUCCUCAACUGCUCCCUGAUCGCCGAUUACCAAUACACGUACGAUUUAUCCAAGAUGCUGGCGUCGGUAGUGACAGGGUUGGACGACCCUCGUGUGGAUUUGCUAGAAUCCAUGCUUCGUUCCAUGGAUACCUCUGGGGAGAAGUCGCCCGGGCCUCUCAAACUGCUUCUGCGAUCGUCAGGGAUCGCCGGCGUCAAGCCCAUGGGGUCGAAGGCUCCUCCCGCGUCGACGCGCCCGUCGAGCUCGACCGCCACUCCAGGACGAGCUGCCACUCCGCCCGUGGCCGGUCCUUCGAGCUCCAACGCGGGCGACGUGGAUCUGAAGAUUACCGAAGUUCUUGAUGUACUCCCGGACCAGUCACCGUCGUAUGUUCGUGCGUUAUUGCAACUGCCGGACUACGGUACUUCAGAGGCUGUCAUUGCGGCCCUGCUAGAUGGCCAGGCCCCAUCCGAAGCGGAAUUGAACCAAAUGAUAGCAUCUAGUGCCCCACCCGCAGCCUCAUCCACAUCUGCGCCGAUUGAACGAAGGAAUGUAUUUGACGACGAGGUGAUAGACCUGAGUCGGAUACAGUUUGGCAAAAAGAGCGACGAUGCCGAUACCCUCAUCCGUGAUCGCUCGUACGUGGACGAGAUGAAGGAGGACAUUCUCCGCAGAGUAGAGGAGAUGGAUCUUCUAGACGACGAAGAGGACGCCGCAAACACACACGGUCUCCGCGCCUCGGACUAUGUUUCUGACGAUGAUGCUGAGCUCGGUAGCCCGGUUAAGUUAAAGGUUCGGGACGGAGAAGAUAGCGAGGAAGAGGACGACGUAGCCGAAGAGCUCGUGAACCAGAGCCGGUCCGCGGGCAAAGAAAGGGAAAAGGAGGAUGCGGAGACGAUUUUGGAGCUUGCGUACAUACAAGAUCCGGGACUUUUCGACAGGGACGCUCAGACCCGGAGAGGUAAGGGGAGAAGCGACCUCAAGGCGCGGACGGGCUGGACGGAUGAACAGAUCGAAGGGUGGAAGAUCAUGCUAGACCGUAAUCCCAAGAAAGACAAGAUCCUUGCCAAACACGAGUUCCGCGGUAACAUGCCUUUACUGGCUGCGGAAUCCAGCGCGGGCGAGACGUCGGAAGGUAACUCCGGUCAACGUGGCAGAGGUGGAGGUCGUGGUGGGCGCGGGCGAGGAGGCGGUAGAGGCAGAGGUGGGGGGGGAGGCGGAGACUCACAAACAAGGGAUCGAGCGUGGAAGGACAAGAAUAAGGCAAAGCAAGCGAAUCAUAACCGGAAGAAAGGGCACGACAAAAAGAUGGCAAGAGGCGGAGGGCCUUCAUAGGGCCUGUUCUACGCCGACUCGCGCAUCAGAUCAUCUGUACACUCGCGCACUCCUAUGGCUGGUCCGUCGCGAUCCCAGCAGCAAAGUUUCGGUCGCGUGUGGUGGCGUGUAUGAAUCGCGGCGCAUAGCUAGAUAUGAAUACAGGGUCGGGAUAUGAGACAUGAAAAAGCAUGUGCACUGCCUGGACGGAAUCGAGGCAGCCUGAAAAAGAUACAACCUGCGGCCGAGGUGGAUUGUCUGAAUGGUUUUGGUAGGAAAUGGGCGUAAUUGCGCUCAUACGUGCCCUAUGAUGGCUCGAUCCCGAAGAUGCGCUCAGCAAAGCGAGGAUCGUGUGUCAUUUCGAUAACGGAAUCCAUCAGCUCCAUAUCGAGGGUAUGGCCGAAGUGCACGACUGCCAUCAUCUUUAUUGUGCUGGCAUCGACAACGCUGCCUAUGAUUUCGUAACACUCCUCGGCAAGAUGAGCGUCCUUAAGGAGCUUGACUGUCACCUCCCCGCCAUCAGUCGACCGCACCAGCGCUUCCUGUCCACUGUAAGAGACAACUUUACAAGGAAGUCGUAUAGUCUGGCCCGCGUACUGAUGUAAGCGAUGCGAGUUAACGCGCGGGGAACGAUGUUCGCCUG